AUGGAGGCGUCAAGUUCCUCCGAGCCACAGCCACCGGCCCCUACUGGCACUGAGUGCGAGGGAGGCGGCGACGGUGCUGGGGGAAGCGACGCCGUGGCGUGUCCACACGGGGGCGGGACCGCUGAGCCAUUGAGCUACACCGUGGACUGGGAGGACGUUGUCGGUGAGGGAGACUUUGGUGUCAUCUACCGCGGCAGACAUGUCGGAGACGGCAUGGCGGUAGGUGUCUUGACGCUUAAGGGGGGCUUGGAGAGGCGGGACGAGCUUCGCAAGGAGGCCGCGAAGGGCCUCGCGUUGCUGCUGCAACGGUGGCCAGACAAGAUUCAACCGCUCGGAACCUUCGACACCAGUGAGAAGGGGCUUUUGACGGUCAUGUCUGUCCUACAGCUGCGGGGCGUAGAAGACAUGCGUCGCUUCUUUGCACCCAACGCAGCAGAGACAGGGGCGCCGGAGCAGCAAUCUGGCUCCAUUGAUUGCGCCGCCACGGAGACGACCUGUCCGCGUUUCACCGAGGAGGAUGAGUGGAAAGGGGAAAGGGAAGCAGCAGCAGCUGCAGCAUCAGCAGCAGCAACGGCGGGAGGGGGAGGGGAGGUUGAGGCUGGCCACACCGAGGACGCACGGGCGGGUGCUGACGAGCGGCCGCAGCCGCCACCUUCAGUCCCGGCGCCGGUGUCGAACCCGAAAGGGCGCGUCUGUUUUCUUGGCGACUACGUGGUGGAUCUGGGGACGGUCUUGGGCAAGGGGAAGUUUGGAACCGUCUACCGCGGCUGGCAUCGGGCGGAGGGCAGCGAGGUGGCUGUGAAGCUACUUAAAGGGCCAGUAAGCAAGCGCGCGAAGAUGUCGAUUGAACAGAGGGAGCUAAGUCGCCUGCAGAAGCUGAGCCACCCAAACAUUCUUCGUAUGUUUGGCGCAUUUCGACAAGAGUCGAAGAGUAAGCCUGAGCUGACACUGGCACUCGUUUUAGAGCUCUGCCACGGGGGAGACCUGAAGGAGUUUCUCGCACGGCAUGAUCCACUUUCGGAGCGGCAGGCGAAGCACGUCAUGCGGCAGCUUGUGGAUUUUUUUGUUUUCUUAAAAGCAAUCGCAUGA